UUAGUGAUGGUUUCUCUGCCGCCGCGCGCGUGCCCGCCAACAGCUGGACCGUAGUCGUGGUGUGACGUGAGGGCAUGCACAUCUGGGCGGGGCGGCAUCGCGGGGCCAGCGGGCUCCGUGGGCUCCGUGGGUGAGGGAGCAGGUCUGGAUGCAGCUCCGCUCCUGACUGACUCCCGGCCCGCAGAUCCAGCUCCAGCUCCGCCGCUACUCCCGGCCCAGCCAAUAGGAAGCGGCCUCUCGGCCCGGCUACAUUACCAUCUCACAUUGGACAUUGGUUAAUUGAAUCUUUUCUCUCGGGAGGAUUUCUCCCCCUGGAAGGAUGUGUUUUCGGCGGUCUGAGGAGGAGCAGGAGGAGCAGGCAGCGCUGGGAGGACGGCGGUCAUGAUCUCCGGGUUGCCCUCUAGAGCUCAGAGCUGCAGUUACAUGGUAGGCUGUGGUGAAGGAACUGCUGAUCUGCUAACCUGCUGGAAAUGCAACUCCAUCUUCACCUCCAGAUAACACAUGGCUUCAAGGUGAGGACUCAAUUGUGAGUUGUGAAGUCCCCAGAUUUACAUCUCAUGGAGGUCAAAGGUCAUCUGAUCGCAUCCAUGGGUUUGGGGGCUCCUGAUGUGCAGGGCUGCCGGGACGGCAAGCUGCCGGCAGAGAGGAUGGCGGCUCUGCAGGAACGAAGACAAGCUCUGGAAACCCUCCUCAGCUCCAGACUGGGAGAGCUCAAACAAGUGUGCUUGCAGGAAGCAGAGCUGACUGGGAAGCUGCCACGUGCUUUCCCUCUGGACAGCGGAGAGAAACCCCCGCUGGUGCAGCGCAGAGCUGGCCUGCUGCCCAUCACCAGGCUAGAGGAGGACGCUGCCCAGAGGAAGCAGAUGAAAGCCAUGUUCACCGGCGCUCUGCACAGACACUCAGACUCAGAACGAAGUGGACCCAACGGCAAGAGGACAGUCCAUCGUGGCUGUCACACAGAGGACUCGGUGAUGUCAGAGGGAACCAGCUCCAUGUCAGACUCAACCUCCCAUGACAACGAGUCGUCCCCCAGCAUGGCUGCAGACCAGCGCUCCCUGUCCCAGCCCCGGCUCAGCACGGCCAGCCCCGAGCACAGACUGAGCAGGAAGCUUUCCCCGGUGGAGCUGUACUACGAGAUGAGGACCUGCCGCAACUCCGUCACCAGCUCCGUCAGUCCAACUCACUCUUUACCAAGAAGUUCUUCAAACGUUGAAGGUAGAAGUGUUCCUGCAACUCCGCUCUUGGCCCGAACUGCUCCAAUCAGCGUUCAUGUCAGGUCUGAUGCUGCAGGUGGUAACGGGUUAAAGCAGUGGUCCGGCAGCCUGGACGUGUCCUACAUGAUUCCUCUGGCUCAAGAGGGAUCCUCCUCCGAUCGCAGGAGCUGCCCGUACGGCUCUCGUGCGAGACGCAGCAACAGUUCGGAGGCUCUGCUGGACAGAUCGAGCCUCACGGACGAUCCCUCGCCCAGAAACGGCAUGCCUCCCCGAGGAGGCCCCUACAAGAGCUCAGAGACACUGACCGAUGGAAAACUGCGGCACAUCCACCAGGGCAGCCCCGAGAGGCAGGCGGACUCUGUGGAAAAGGUAAAGAUGCAGCUGUCGAUGGGCGGCAGGGUGGGCAGCGCAGGCUACAACGAGCUGCUCAUGGACUAUAUCUGGGGGAAACAGCAGAGGAUGCAAGUGCAACACCAUCUGUACCAGUCCACGGGCCGAAUCUGGCAGGACACGCUGUCCCCUCGCUCCUCCACGGCAGUGAUUCCUCCCCACACUAAUGGAUUUUCCCAUUCCCAGGUGCAUCUUCCCAGCGCUGCACCUCCGUACAGCCCCAUGGUCUUACGAGGGUCCCAGGCCGAGCUAUGCAGGGUCAAAGUCACCAGAACCAAAUCUUGUGGGCCCUUUAUUCCUUUGCAGCAACAUCCUCAAGACGGCCUCCUGCUCUCAGCAUAUGAGUCUCCCCUUCCUGCCAGCGGCACCACCACGUCCUCCAUCCCUAACCUGCACCCUUAUCACACCGAGCUUUUUGGUAGCUCUUUCAGCCGUAGACCGCCUCAGUUUUCUCUCCCGACUCCGGAAGAUUCAACGAGAAGCCUGCAUAAAGCUCUGGCCCUGGAGGGGCUGAGGGACUGGUACUUGAGGAACGCGCUGGGAUACCCACCAGCUGCCCCGAAGGGCCAGGAGUCAGGGAUCUCCCGGCUCUCACACCCCCAUCCUCUAGUGCACCAGGCCCAGUCUCUUCAAGGGGAACCGGCUAACCUCCAAAGGCAACAAAUGCACCAGUCGGCCAGCUUCCACGGUCACCCGCUGCACGGACGGUCGAUGGAGUUUUCUCUCUAUCAGGAGACUCCGGAUCCACAAAUGCAAGAGUUGACCCCAAAGGAGCCGAGUGCAGACCCGGGCACCCUGGUCUGAAGCUGCAGACGCAGGCACAAACACAAAUAUACAGUUUCACAGCAGCAAACUCAGUGUAGCCUCAUGUAGACUUGCAUCUUGACACAAAUAUUCAAGUUGAUGCCGUAUAAUAACAUCAGCAGAAAGUAAAAACCCAACAACCUCAGCAGCAGGACACCGGAGUCAAAAACACACGCGGGGAUUGAAGAACCCAGAGGGUUGGCUGUGUCGUAGUUGAUCUUAUGAACUUCAAAUCCAGUGUUCUCUAAUAGGUAUUCACUGGUGCCGCUGUAAUGGAACAACUAAUACUCGCAUGGUCAUGCUGUACGUCAUUUCUAAAUAUUUCUGGUAAACAUGAGCCGUAAGUCCCUUCUAAUAACCCUAAAUGUCUCCUGAGAUAUAAUUUUUUUACAGAAUAUAUACAACUAAAUUACUAUUUUGUAUCUUCUGAGAUAAAAAGAGCAGUUGUAUUAAAGAGGUAAUUUAUUGCUCAGUAAUAGUGUAAUUAUACAUAGAUGUUAUGAGAUCACCUCAUACAGAACGUAUAAUAACAUGCCGUUGAAUGUGUGUUUUUAAACUAUAAAACUAUAAAACCAUGCCUCAGUGCUCAUUUGUUUUUAAUUUUACCGCCAUUCGUUUUUCAAACCUUUGAUCAAAUGCACCAGGCCGGGCUGCAGAAUAACGGUGUACAGAUGGGAGUGCCUAAAUGUUUUAAUAUCUUAACUGUACCGCGGCUGGUAUUAAGUACGACGGAGUAUUAGGGCCAAACUGAGA